CAGAAUUAUGACCCAAAAAAAACAUCUAAGGAGCUAAGUUCAAUUUAGAUUUGCAUGAUUCUCUUAAAUCAGCUGCUAAUAAUCCUGGAUUAUGGUGAAUUAUGCUCUAAUUAUCUGUUUUUAAUCUUGGAAGGUUGGAAAAUCUUGAAUUGACCUGAAUUUGGUUCAUUUUCCGUCUUUCUUUCUUCUCUUGGGUUAUUUUUCUGAUUGUUGCUUAUGGGUUUGGAUUGAGUUUUGGAUCUUUUGUUUGAUUUGGAUUGAAUUCCAUGAAAUGAUUGAGUCUUGUUAAAUAACAUGUGAAAUCUAACGUGGGUUCUGUAAAAAACAAGCUGCUAUAUUGAUUGAGCUAGUUUUGUUUUGAGCUUUAUGCUAAAGGUGUGAUCUUUAAUGUUGUUCUGUUGUUUGAAAGUGUGUAGAUGUAAAAAUGAAGGUGGAAGCUAGCUCUAGGGUAAUAACAUGUGAAAUUCUAAUGUGGGUUUUGGAAAUAGCAAGCUGAUUGAAAGUGUGUAGAUGUAAAAAAGAAGAUGGAAGUUAAUGUAUGUGAUAUCAAUCACUUGGAUGCCGAUGUGCUUUUGCCUCCACGAAAGCGGCUUCUAGCCGGAUUGAAGAAACAGAAUUCUGAUGCUUACUCAUCUACCCCAUCCCCACCAACUGUUAGUAGUCCCGGGUGCGAGUUUGAUAUCCGUCUUAAUAAUCUAUUGAAAUCUCAUUUUGGUGACUCUAAUCGAUCGAAUGAGGAGAUUGCCGAGGCCUCAAGAUUGGCAGCUUUAGAAGCUGCGAAGGCUGCGAAAGAAGCAAGAGCCAUUGCGGAAGAGAAGGCUGCUAAAGCAGCAAAGGCCGUGGCUGCUGCUAAGAGCGCUCUAGAAUUGGUUGCCACUCUUUCUGAUGAGACAGCAAGUAGGGACAAACAUUUGAAGAGGAAUAAGAUGAAAAAGCAUGUUCCUGUUCAGAUGCUGUACAAUAAGAAUAAAAGGACUAAUAAUUGUAGAACAGAUGAAGAGUUAGCCCGGACGUUGCAUAGGGCCAUAAAUAGCUCUCCAAGAAUUUUGAAGAACUCAACUGAUGACUCGAGAAAUCACAAACACAAGAGGCUUAAAAGGUCUUCGCCUUCUGAAAAAACUAAGGUUCAGAAUGGAAGUACAUCCUGGGAAGGCAACCGUCCUACCACAAGCAAUGGGAAUGGUUUUGCUAGAGAAAAACAUUCAGAUGGGCCUAUCUCAGAGAAAGGCCUAGUUAGAGUAGAUUUAAACACAACAAAAUUCAAUAAAGCUGACCACACAAAGAUGGAAAAUGGGGAAGCAUCACAAUCUAGUAAAGCUGACCAUGUAAAUACGGAAAACAAGGAAAGAGAAUCAGUUAUCUCAAAGGAGAAAUUUGGGGAUUCUCCGGAUGAUAUUUGCAGCAUUGGGAAAAAGAAGGGAAGGCUUAAGCAGAAAAAGUUACCCCUCAGCAUUUGCAGCUUCAGGGAUCAAGCAAACCCUAAAGAGGAUUUGAAAUCUAAGAGUCCAUUGUCACUCGAUGAAAACAUCAGCAAAGGUACUACUACAAGUAGUAAUCCCAUGUUUCCGCUUGAGAGGGCAUCAAUGUGGAAGUGUCAGGCGUUCAAGGCACCCACAUGUGUUGAACAAAAUAAGAUGAUGCAGUCAUAGUCUUGGACUUGGUAUUUUCAUUUCAACAACUGCGGCUACCGUGAUGAGACUUGUAGUCUGAGGUAGUGUCAUGUAUGCUUUCUUUCCUUCUUUUUAUAGAUAAGGCCUCUUCCGUCCAGUUUCUUUUUGCUUUUUAUGGGCAUUGUAAUGUUUUGGACAUACCACCAUGUAUAUUUUGACAAUCAAUUGCUUGCAUAUUUUGUAUUGCACAUAAAAGAUGCCAUCUAUAUUUUCGUCUGGCAAGUGGCAGCAGAGCCAGAAAUAA